AUGGCAGCUCGGAAAGCCAAGAAGGCUGCUGCUGCCAGCAGCAGCAGCAGCAGCAGCAGCAGCAGCAGCAGCAGCAAAGUAAACCCUUUUGAUGUUAUGAGCAACAAGAAACCCAAAAGGACUAUUUGGGGCCUUAAAGUCUCUGCUCCAGCGCACUUCAUUGGCAGCAGCAGCAGCAGCAACAUUCGUGACGAGCGUCUGUACAGCGGCAGCAGCAGCAGCUCUGCAGCAGCAGCAGCAGCAGCAGCAGCAGCAGCAGCAACAUCAAAGCGCAUGCAAGGCAGCCGCCGCGCUGCAGCAAUUGCAGCAGCAGAUGCGGAGGAACUGAUGUACUCUCGUUUGCUGCUGCUGCGGCAGCAGCAGCAGCGGCUGCUGCGGAAGCAGCAGCAGCAGCAGCAGCAAAGAAAGAGAAAAAAGAGAUCUUUUGUUUUGGGGGAAAGCGACGGCAGCGACGAGGAAGCAGCAGCAGCAGCAGCAGCAGCAGCAGCAGCAGCAAAUCUGCACUUGUCUUCCCAGGCCUUUCCAGAUCCAGAUGCACCCGAAGCAGCAGCAGCAGCAGCAGCAGCAGCAGCAGCAGCAGCAGCAGCAGCAGCAGAAGGGGAUUUGCUGAUGCAUAAAGGGAAGCCAAUUGCUGCUAUGGGCGAUGAUGAGCUGAGGGCUUCUGCUGCUGCUCUUGUGGCUCAGAAGGCAGCAGCAGAAGAAGCAGGACUUGACCAGCAAAGGUUUGAGUGCAGUGUUGGAGGGUGA